AUGCCUGGCUGUCUGUCAUCUGGGGAGGGUGACAUCAAGACUUUGUCCAUCAACUUGUCGGAUCUGACAACUCUCGUUGAUUCUGAUUUGCUGAGAGGAACUGCUACCAUGGUUACUGAGGAUGUAUUUGGGAAAGAUGGAAUUCGCUGGUCCGCAACUGGGUUUAUUCUCCCAUCCAAAAGACGUGGGAACAUCGUUCUUAUGGAUGACUCGAAAGGCGAAGGAGUCGGCAAGUCGUAUGAUAUCACAACGUCGAAAUGCAACAUGGGAGUAUGGUCCUACCACCGUGUUCGCUGGCACGAUGUCAACGGCGACGGUCGUAAAGACGCGCUCACGUCCAGACUGCGUUUCGAUUUCACAAUUGGUUUAGAGAAGGCUGAGAUGGUUUGGUUGGAGCACCCUGAAGAUCCGUUCAAUGGUGAACCAUGGAACAUCAAUUACAUGUACGAUGGACCUGAUGCAUUCUUCACACUGGUCAAUCUCACGACACCUGAUGGCACAUUUGAGGCUAUUAUAUCUCCUGGGUAUUUCUUACAGACAUUGUUUGUACAUUGGAUUGAAGGUCCUGCCACUGAUUGGUCAAAGCCUGAUCGGAUCUACUCUCGAAUUAUCGAUGCGGUUGUUGGAGAAUCCUACUUUGAUGCAUACGUAACAGAUGCAAACCGUGAUGGACGCACUGAUGUAUUAGUCACUGCAAGCAGUGAAGUCAACGGGAAACUGCUCGCCUUUGAAAUCCCCGAUGAUUUCCGUACCGAAGAAUGGACUCGUCACCUGAUCGCGGAUGGUUUUGUCCCAAUCUUAUCCCAGGAGGGCCAGGGCUCGCCAGGCAUCGUACUCCCCAUCUACGAGAAAACUACAGAAACAGACAAAAAGCCCCUUCUUCUCCUCACAGGCGAUGAUGACGGCAAAAUCUACAUCUUUGAGAGCGAGGACUACGAUGACGUCACCAACUGGAACUACAACGAAACUAUCAUCUUCAGCGUGCCCGGAACGGUGGGCGCGAUGUCCGUUCAAGACAUCAACGGCGACGGAUACAAUGAGAUCUUCAUCCCCGGUUAUUCCGUCAGCAGAUUCCACAUCUAUACCUUUGCGCCUUAAUGAUGUCACAAUACUGAAUGAUGAUAGUAGGUGCUUUGACCGGGAUCCCGUUUCAUAAAAAGCUGAACAUUCCGAAAUAAAAUCUUGAAAU